GGGGCUGCCAAUUACCGCCAAUCCACCGCGAUCAGGGCCCUGACGGGUUGAUGGUGGUUACGGCCCCGCUACCCCAACUUCCCCAACUUCACUCUGGCCAGACUAAUCCAAUUGAACUGACCGUUAUCGCAUUAUGCCGGCAGUUGCGUGGCCUCGCGAGGCCCACCCCCGGAUUCUACAUGUCAUGUCAGGCCCGUCCGGGGAUAUAUCUGGAGAAUCAUACGAUCCCCAGAUUAAUAUUGUGCCAUGUAGCCAUGUCUUCCGACGACAAAACCUCACAAUCCGACUAUAUCGAAAAGACAGAGGCUGGCUUUAUCGCCACCGAGGGCAGUACUCUUUCUGAACCACACAAAUCCUACCUCCUCCAACGACAUGGCACCCUCGACCUCGACCCUGUCCCUAGCAUGGAUCCAGCGGAUCCGUAUAACUGGCCGCCGCUUAAGAAAACCUUGAACCUCAUUCUAGUCGCUUUUCACGCCUGUAUGGGGACGUUCACAGCUGCAGCCAUCAUCCCCGCCUACGAAGACAUUGCUCUAGACCUCGGAGUCUCCCUUCAGCGAGUGAGCUAUCUCACCUCGCUUCAGAUCGCCAUUUUGGGCGGUGCUCCAUUGUUCUGGAAACCGCUGUCGCAUCGCUUCGGACGUCGUCCUAUUUUCCUCCUCUCGUUGAUCCUCAGCUGCGUCUGCAAUAUCGGUUGUGCGAAGAGCCCGGACUAUGCGUCGAUGGCAGCAUGUCGCGCCCUAGUAUCCUUCUUUAUUUCGCCGGCCAUGGCGAUAGGCAGUGCAGUGGUCACAGAGACAUUCUUUCGCCGUGAACGCGCACAAUACAUGGGUAUCUGGGCAGUGAUGGUUACAUUAGGGGUACCUGUGGGUCCAUUCAUCUUUGGAUUUGUGGCUCAACGGGUGGGAUAUCGAUGGAUAUAUUGGAUUCUGGCCAUUACCAACGCCAUCGAACUAAUCCUAUACAUCUUCUUCGGCCCCGAAACCCGCUACAUAGGCACAGAAAUGCACUCCUCCCCCUCGGCCUUCAAACGCGAAUACCUCACCCUCCACCGCAUCGACCCCACCCCCUUCCAUCUCUCCGAAUUCUACCACCCUCUCACCCUAAUCACCAACAUACCCAUCCUCAUCGCCUCCGCCGCCUACGCAAUGGUCUUCCUCUUCGCCUCGGUCCUCAACUCCGUCGAAGUGCCCCAACUCCUGCAGACCAAAUUCAACCUCAACGCGCAACAACUCGGCCUCCAAUUCCUCGGCCUCAUCAUCGGAUCCCUUCUAGGCGAACAACUCGGCGGAAUCCUCUCCGAUACAUGGAUGAAUGUCCGCGCCAAACGAACAGGCCAGAAUCCACAGCCGGAGUAUAGACUCUGGUUGAGCUAUAUCGGCUAUUUACUUAGUAUAGCAGGUAUGGUAAUUUUCUUGGUCUGUACGGAACAUGCCCCGACGGGGAAGUGGACCGUCACUCCGGUGGUGGGGACGGGUAUUGCCGCAUUUGGGAAUCAGGUCGUUACCACCGUGAUGAUUACCUAUGCGGUGGAUACGUAUCCUGCUGAUGCGGGGAGUGUGGGGGUUUUUGUCAAUUUUGUGAGGUCUACGUGGGGGUUUAUUGGGCCGUUUUGGUUCACGGAUAUGUUCGAUAGUGUGGGAAUUGCGAAUAGUUCGGGUGUGGUGACGGCGUUGAUUAUGGGGGUGAGCUUUUUGCCGACGGUUGUGUUACAGGUGAGGGGAGGGAGAUGGAGAGGUGCAAAGCGAGGGGAGGAAUUAAUGUGGGAGGAGGGUAUAGUAUAGUUUACACGAAGGGAUGAUUGAAUAUCUGUAGAUGGAUGUUGAAUGGAGAGGAUAGGAUAUAGAAGUGUUUCUGUCAGG